AUGGCGUCCAACGACUACUACUGCGGCACCGGCCAACGUCCCCACGACACUGCGUCCCCCGCUCCCUACAACGACGCUCACUUUGCGCCCUCACCGCAGUCGACGCCCGCGCCCUCAUACCAUUCUGCUAAUCCCGCUCAAGCGCCCUUUGCCGCGCCCCAGGAUCAUCCGUCGCGCACCGGGCCCUCGCCGUUCGACACCGUCUUCGACGACCAUGCCUAUCCCAUGAACUCCAACACGAGACCCUACGCCGCUGGAAGCAACAGCAGCAUGUCGCAGCAGGGGCUGUAUCAGGAUACUGGCUACUAUGGCCAGGCCGGGGCCACCUCAUCCAGGCCCCAUGAUCCCAACGACAUUCCUCUGCAGGACCAGGCUGGCAAGGGGCCCGAAUUCAACGACCACAUCUACGACGCGCCUGAAGGUGCGCAGAGACGUGCGCGCAGCAAGAAGGGCAAGGUUCGCAUCGGCGAGCUUGGCAUGUUUGGCGCUGACAGGAAGAGGAUACCAUGGAUCACGUACAUCUUCACCAUCGUCCAGGUCGGCGUCUUCAUCGGCGAGGUUGUCAAGAACGGUAUCUUGACCGGCUCGCCCAUCAUGAUCAAACCUCAGUUCAACCCCAUGAUCGGACCCUCGACGCAAGUCAUGAUCAACAUGGGCGCUCGUUACACGCCCUGCAUGCACAACAUCAAGGAGAUUCAGGGGUCCACCAUCCCUGUGCUCUUCCUCUGCCCGAAUGCGACCCAGAAUGACCAGUUCUGCCCUCUGUCCGAGGUCUGUGGCUUCGGUGGCGUCCCGAACCCGACCUUCAACAAUAAAGAUCAGUCACCACAGCCGAACCAGUGGUAUCGCUUCAUCAUUCCCAUCUUCAUGCACGCCGGUCUCAUUCACAUCGGCUUCAACAUGCUUAUGCAGCUCACCAUCGGAAAGGAGAUGGAGAUGGCGAUUGGGCCUAUCCGGUACUUUCUCGUUUAUAUGAGCGCGGGUAUCUUUGGCUUUGUCAUGGGCGGCAACUUUGCGGCCCCAGGCAUUGCCUCCACCGGAGCCUCUGGCUCUCUGUUCGGCAUCAUUGCCCUCACACUGCUGGACCUUCUGUAUUCUUGGAAGGAACGCCGCAACCCGGUGAAAGAUUUGAUGUUUGUUAUUCUCGACAUGGUCAUUUCCUUUGUCCUCGGGCUGUUGCCAGGUCUCGACAACUUCUCCCAUAUCGGAGGGUUUCUCAUGGGCUUGGGGCUGGGUGUGUCCGUCCUUCACUCGCCUAACUCGCUCAGGCGAAGGAUGAACAAUGAUAUCCCCUAUUCGGCCGUCAACGGAGAGGGCACGGCCACCUCGCCCUCGUUUUUCAAGAGCCCGCUGGGUUUUUUCAAGGGGCGCAAGCCGCUGUGGUGGAUUUGGUGGAUUGUGCGCGCUGCCGCCCUCAUCCUCGUCAUUGUCGUCUUCAUCGUCUUGUUGAACAACUUCUACACCGUUGGACACACCUGCAGCUGGUGCAAGUACCUUAGUUGUCUGCCUGUCAGCAACUGGUGUGAACUCGGGACGAUUCAGGAGCAGAAACCAUGA